GUAUGUUUGUGCCUUCACCGCUGCACCACAACAUUUCCUGCAUCGACGCCAUGGAAACACCUCUGAAGUAUUUGUUGCUCUUCACUGGCUUCUCUGCCUGUGCCCAGUUCGACUCAGGGGCCUUGGCGGCCUUUGAGCGUUUCCUCGCCAAGGACAUGCGGCUUACCACUGAGACCGUGGGCUUUGUGAAUGCCCUGGAAUAUGUGAUGCUACCACUAGCAUCUCCACUGAUUCCAUGGUUUCUGCGCUGCUGCAAGGUGAAGACUGUCCUGCUAGUUUGCUUGGUUGGAAAUAUGCUCGGAGUCCUCCUCCUGACCUUUGCCCCAAUGCUGCAGGAGAAAGACCCCAAGGAGCUGCAAGGCCUUCACAUGAUGGUGAUCUCCAGGGCUGUUUCUGGCGUUUGCCACGCAGGCAUCGCCGUUUACGGGAGCGUUUGGGUGGACCUCUUUGCGCCCAAAGACUCGGCCGCUUCGUGGCUGGGCGCCAUGCAGGCCAGCUCUUUGGUGGGACUGGUGAUCGGUUACACCGUGGCAGGCUACUGGGGCGAUUGGGUUCCAGUCUUCUUGCUGAACUGCCUUUGGUUCCUGGCCACCGGCGUGGGGAUCGCCUUGACGCCGGCGGCUUUUAUGAGCGACUCCCGAGGGCGUAGCAGCUCUGAGCCGCGGCUCUCCAUGCUGGUCUCCACACCUGGCGGGUCCUUCGUGGGAGAUGCCCCAAGCGGUGCUGGGUCACCCACCAGCCGGGAUGAGAGCCGUGUGUCGCUCCGGCGUUCUUCCGUGGAGACGGAGGAGAGUGUGAUGCUGUUUGCCUCUAUGGCGCUCUGCGUCUCAUCCUUGUUCUUCGUGUCUGGAGGGCUACAGUUCUGGGCCAUGCCGUACAUGGAGCAGCUUCGGUUGAGGGAGGCAAUGACCUGCUCGGUGGAGGAAGCCAACGGGGUGCACUCACUGGUGGUCACUCUCGUGGGUGCCACGACCUUGACGGCACCCACCUUCGGAGUCUUCGUGGGUAGCCAACUUGUGGACCGUGUGGGCGGCUACAAGAAAGCUGCGCGCUCCACCGCAAAGCUCUUGGCCGGCGGUGCGGGUUUGGCGAUGCUGUUCGGACUCGUGGCCUGCUUCUGUCCCAACUUCUGGUUGGCCGUCGCUGCCUUUUGGGUCUUCAACAUGUUAGGUGCCGCCUUGAUGCCGGGCGCCUUUGGACUCAUGUUGGGCGCGGUGCACGGGCACCGGAGGCCCUUGGCUUCGGCGCUGGCGCAACUUCCGAUCAACUUGCUGGGCAUGGCCGGCGGUGCUUUUGUCCCGGGCUGGAUCGCCGGUUGCGAGCCGCCCGAGACGUCACAGCCCUGCAAUCAAGGCUGCGACUACGCGGUGGGCCUCAGGACGCUUCUCUUCGGCCCUGCCUUUGGCAUCGUCCUGUUGGGCGCCGCACUGCUGAUGGUUGAGGACCAGCAGGAGUCCAGCACCGCCAGGGGUGACACCGAGUUGAGCGCACGGCGCACGAGUCGUCGCCGGAGUUCCCCGAACACGGCCACCAGCAACACGCUGGUGCUGGGCAUCAUCGACCAGCUGGACGGGAAGGCUGGAACACUGGUCCUCAGCCUGGAUCAGGCCAUGGCCUUUAAGGAGCUGUUGGCCCGUGCAGCCAUCUGCACGGGCAACUCAACGCGGAGGCUUUUCUCGGAGGACGGCUCCGAGAUCUUUGGCUUGGAUGACCUCCGAAGGCUCCACGAGGCCAGCGAGAAGCCCAAGUGCCGUGUCAACCUCAAAGAGGGAAAAACCACCAAGGGCCGCAUCGAUUUGGAGGUGGUGAGCACGGAUGGCUCCGAUUUCAAGUGGAAGUGGGGCAGCAACCACGCGCACUACAAGUUCGGAGAUUUGAUGAUCCGCCCUCUCUGGCGGGCACUGGCUGGAUCCAAGCCAUCAAGGAAGGUCGUCCACCCUCCACAGCCGAUCCCUUUGCCGAGCACUGGGAACCUCAAAGACUGUUUGCCGGACCUUUGGAUCAAAUGUUUCAGCAUUUGCGAGAAGUACGGCCCCUUGGUCAAGCUCCGGAUCUUCGAUGACGUGGUCUAUGUCUGUGCGGACCCCGAAUCCUUCGAAGCGGUGACCCAGAUCCCGGACAAGCGACUUCCCAAGGAGGUCUUUGGCUGCAAAGCCCUGGCGAACCAAGGGGUGUUCAUCGCUGAUGGACAGCGUUGGGAGUUCGCCCGGCAUGCGCUGCAGGCGCAGCUGACUCCGGAGGCCAUCGACGAGCUGGUGCCCAUCUUCGCUGAGCGAUGCCACCAGCUCGAGGCGGUGAUCAGUGCCAAUCCCGAGCAGAUCGACAUUUCUGCUUGGGUAGAGAAGGUCACCAUGGACACCAUUUGCAAUGUGGGAUUUGGCCAUGACUUGAAAUGCAUGGAAUCGGCAGAGAUGCCUCCCCUUCUUCCACUCUUCGAAGAGGUCCUCGAAAUCAGUAUCAACUCCAGCCUGUAUGGUGCUUUUGAUCUGCUUGGGACACGGAAGCGAUGGUUCGAGGGGCAGCUGAGCAAGUUGGAUGGCAUGUUGGAUGAGAUCAUUGAGGCGACCAGGGAAGGUCGAGGCUCUGGAUCCGAGAACAGCCUGCUGUCUCAUCUCAUCAAUGCCAAGUGUCCCCUGACGCAGCGGCACUUCACCCAGUCUGAGCUUCGAGAUCAGCUGCUUACCAUGUUGGUCGCUGGGCACAAGACGACAACGCUUCUCUUGACUUGGUCCUUGUAUCACAUCGCACGGAACCCGAAGAUCGAGAAGAAGUGCUUUGCUGAGCUGCGGCAGGUCUUCGAGAAUGACAUGAACAGAAUGCCCACGGGCAACGACCUCAGGGGUGGCGGGGUGUGGUUGCAAUUCACCGGCCGCGACUACGACGAACCAGAGGACGUGAUGUCCAUGCAUCCCACCCACGGUGCACUUUGUCGAUCCUUUGUCCAAGAGUCCCCCGUGCUCGCAGGCUCCUUCGCAGCGGGCAGCUGGUCUUCCAGCAGUUUCUUCAGCGGCCCUCGACCGCCAUUCCUCAUCUUGUGGGGUGGCGAGUUCCGCACGACGCAAAGUGCGGCGCAGGAUCUGGCGAAGGCUGCACAGCAGAAGGGCUUCACUGUAGAUGUGAAAAGUUUGGACGAGGUGAAGCCCUCGGAGUUGCUGGGUGGCAAAGUGCAGCUGGGAGGUCAAGCACCUCUUGUCCUGCUCUUGGUGGCCACGUACAAUGGGCAUCCGCCAGAGAAUGCCGCAGCCUUCACCCGGGCACUAGCCCAGAUGCCUGAUGGAGGCCCAUCGGAUCUGAAAUACGCGGUGCUUGGGGUGGGCAACUCCCAAUGGGUCUCGACCUUUGUGAAGGUGGCCCGGGACGUGGACAAGCACCUGCAACGUGCUGGGGCAAUGCGGAUCCUGCCCUUUGAGGUGGCCGACAAGAACGAAAGCUUCGAGCAAUCGGUGCGUGCCUGGCGGAAGGCGAUCUUGUCGAUGUUCGCCACCUCACCGGAGGAACUCAUCUUGGAACAUGAUGGGGACCAGUAUGCGGAGGUAAUUGAGGAGAACCUGAAACUGGAAGGGGUGGCCGGAAGUGUGUCCAGCAUACCAAUGAGCGAACACUUUUUGCGGAUGGGCUAUCAAAACUGCAAGAUCGGCUUGAACAAGGAACUUUGCUUUCAAAGCGGUCCUGAGAGCCCGUCAGUUAAGCAGAUUGUGGUGGAACGACCGGAUGGCUGCAGCUAUGCAUGUGGCGACCAUUUGGAGGUCCAGCCAAAGAACUCGACCGCGCAGGUCAUGCGUGCGUGUAUGCGCUUGGGUUGCCAGUCUGAUGCCUUAGUGAUUCUGAAGAAAGGAGCUGCCGGUGCCGCGGAAGAGCAACAGUUGCCAAUUGGGCAGCCGAUCUCUGUGGGGGAGAUUCUCACCUACUACGUGGACCUCCAGGCGUUGCCUUCCCAGGAGGCGCUGGCCUCUUUGGGACGGCUGGCAAGCAGAGGUCAGGAGGCCGAUGCUCUCCAGCGCCUGAGUGAAAUCAAACAGGAUGGCCCCUACGAGGAUUGGAAAACGAAAUGCUUAUCGAUUCUGGAUGUCCUGGAGGAAUUCCGAUCUAUUAGCAUUGGUUUUUCACGUUUUGUGGAGGUCUCUCCGAAGAUCCAACCGCGGCUCUAUUCGAUCGCUUCCUCGCCCAGGGCGCACGGCACGAACGUGGAGCUUUGCAUGCGAGUCGCCACCUAUGAAGCUCAACCCUUGAAUCAGCCAGUCAACAUCAGGAAUGGCCUUUGCUCCUCAAUGAUUGCAUCGGCUGAGUCAGUAAUUUGCCGAGUGAAAGAAGCGCCCCAUAUGAGGCUACCAGAGGAUCACAGCAAGCCGAUUGCCUGUGUCUGCGGAGGCACAGGACUGGCUCCCUUCUUUGGCUUCUUGCAGGAGAGGGAUGUGUUGAAGAAGACAGGCGUGCAGACGGGUCUUGUGCAUCUCUACUUCGGCUGUCGCAACGAAACGGAUUUCCUGCAUCGUGCGCAGCUGGAGAAGUGGCAUGCAGAAGGUCUAUGUUCUUUGAAGGUCUCUUUCUCCAGACCGCCCAACGGUGGAAAGGAGUAUGUCUACCAUGCCCUGCGCCGUGAUGCGGAGCUGGUCUUGGAGCUACUAGGAGAUGGCCCGCAGUCGGGGUAUGUCUAUAUUUGUGGAUCAGCCUCAACCUUGGCCAAAGAUGUCACCAACGUCCUGGGCGACUUGCUUUGUGAGCGUGGUGAUGCCGCGGUGGGCUUUGGUCAGCUUAAUGAGCUUCAAGAGCGGGGCCGAGUGAUCUUCGAUGUUUGGGGCUAAACAAAGAGCAAAGAUUUGUCG